GGCGGCGUGCCGCAGACGCCCGCGCAGCAGGUCCUGUUCAGCCCCGCCGACCGGUACGGCCUGCUCGGGCUGCUGCACAUCAUCAAGACGAGCGACCCGGACACGAGCAUGCUCGCGCUCGGGACCGACUUGACCAACCUCGGGCUCGACCUCGGCUCGACCGAGAACCUGUACUCGACCUUUAUCACGCCCUGGACCGACUCGAAGGCGGCGGCCGUGCUCAACAUCGAGCCCGAGUUCCACCUCCCGUCGUGCUACAACGUGCAGCCCCCGCCGGCCAACACCAAGAUUGGCAACUUUAGCGACGAGACGCUCUUCUUCAUUUUUUACUCGCAGCCGAGGGACGCGAUGCAGGAGAUGGCGGCGCACGAGCUGUACAAGCACAACUGGCGGUACCACAAGGAGCUCCGGCUGUGGCUCACCAAGGAGGCCGGCACCGAGCCCGUGCAGAAGACGGCCACGUUCGAGCGCGGCAGCUACAUCUUCUUCGACCCGGUCCUGUGGGAGCGGGUGCGGAAAGAGUACGUCCUGUUCUUUGACCAGCUCGAGACGCGCCGGGCCGACGUGGCGAGGAGCGCGGCGGGCGGCGGUGGUGCUGGUGGUGGAGGAGGUGCGAGCGCGGCGGGGAGCUUGUGA